GAGACUUCAGCUCUGUCUCUGUCUGUCUCUGCUCCUUGUUUGGGAGGCUAGUGGGAGGAGAAGAGCUGAAGGGGCUAUAUAACCUCUGGGGUUGCAGAUACACAGUGUACCACCCUGGAGCAGCCAUCCUCAGCCAAGCACUGUCAGGAGCUGUUUUCUGUCUGGAAGGCCACAGGCACUGCUGUGGAAGAUGUGUGAGGAAGAGGACAGCACUGCCCUUGUUUGUGACAAUGGGUCGGGGCUCUGUAAAGCCGGCUUUGCUGGAGACGAUGCUCCAAGAGCAGUUUUCCCGUCCAUUGUGGGUCGUCCCAGGCACCAGGGUGUGAUGGUUGGUAUGGGUCAAAAAGACAGCUAUGUGGGUGACGAGGCUCAAAGCAAGAGAGGAAUCCUGACCCUGAAAUACCCCAUAGAGCACGGCAUCAUUACAAACUGGGACGACAUGGAGAAGAUCUGGCAUCAUUCUUUCUAUAAUGAGCUCCGGGUUGCGCCUGAGGAGCACCCGACUCUGCUGACUGAAGCACCCCUGAAUCCCAAAGCCAACCGUGAGAAAAUGACACAGAUUAUGUUCGAGACGUUCAACGUGCCAGCCAUGUAUGUAGCUAUUCAAGCCGUUCUGUCCCUCUAUGCCUCUGGGCGUACCACAGGGAUCGUGCUGGACUCUGGGGAUGGCGUCACCCACAACGUGCCGAUCUACGAGGGCUACGCCCUGCCACACGCCAUCAUGCGCCUGGACCUGGCGGGCCGGGACCUGACAGACUACCUCAUGAAAAUCCUGACGGAGCGCGGGUACUCCUUCGUCACCACUGCGGAGCGUGAAAUUGUCCGUGACAUCAAGGAAAAGCUCUGUUACGUGGCCCUGGACUUUGAAAAUGAGAUGGCCACUGCUGCAUCUUCCUCGUCUCUGGAAAAAAGCUACGAGCUUCCUGAUGGUCAGGUGAUCACCAUUGGAAAUGAACGCUUUCGGUGCCCAGAGACCCUCUUCCAGCCAUCUUUCAUUGGCAUGGAGUCUGCUGGCAUUCAUGAAACCACUUACAACAGCAUCAUGAAAUGUGACAUAGACAUCAGAAAGGAUCUUUAUGCCAACAAUGUGCUCUCUGGAGGCACCACAAUGUACCCAGGUAUUGCAGACAGGAUGCAGAAGGAAAUAACUGCUCUGGCUCCUAGCACCAUGAAGAUCAAGAUCAUUGCUCCUCCUGAACGCAAGUACUCGGUCUGGAUUGGAGGCUCUAUCCUUGCUUCCCUCUCUACUUUCCAGCAGAUGUGGAUCAGCAAACAGGAAUAUGAUGAAGCUGGCCCAUCCAUUGUUCACCGCAAAUGCUUUUAAAUUGCUUUUAAUUCGUAUCCUCUUUAGUGUGAAUGUAUUCAGGGAAGUACAUUCUUAUAGUUUCAUUCCAUAAAUACUUCAUCGUAAUUAAUUAAUUGGAUACUGUGUAUUUCUUAAAAUAAAUUUUAAAUAUGCUAUGAAAUUGCUGCUCCUAUUUAAAACAAAAACAAAAGCCACGCCAUGAGUGUGUGGAGAUGCCAUUACAGCUGGCUUGAAGCUCCAUCUUGUGACAUGAAUUUAUUAUUACACUCCACUGGGCUAGAAAGAAAUGGUGGUACCUUUAGCUUGAUGACACCAGUGCCAGAAGAUGCUCACUUGUCAGGCUGCUUGUUCUCAAAGUUUAGCCUCAGAAAACAUUUUAAUCUGCAGACAGAACCAGCCGUGGUUCUAACAAAGUUCUAGGCAGUACCAAAGGAGCACGGCAUCUGUUCAAUAUCAGGAAUAUCAUGUUCAAUAUCAUGGGCACGCUGCUUUGCAUCUGCUCUAUCCAGGAAUAUUAUCUAUCCACAUCACUUACUUCACAGCUGUCAUGCUGGAAAAGCUAAUUUCUUACAAUUCAUGGCCCAGGGGUGUAUACGUACCACAACAAUCCUGUGUUUUCUUUAAAGAAAUAAAAACUGUUCCUUUGGGAGCAUAUCUAAACACUAAGAGUAGGUCAAACAAAUGACUUUUCAUUGUAUGCCCUCAGGAUGAGUGCAGACUAUUAUUUUUAUUUUGUGAUUUCUAGCAAGAUCUGAAGGGUAAUUAAGCUGGCUUAAUAUACUUUCUUUUCAGAACUUUUUUUAAAGGGGGGAGUAAUGUGUUCAAAGCAGCUAAAAUAAUUUUGACCAUUUUCUUUUUCUGUGAUUUUUCUGAUUCCAUUUAUAAUCUUAAACACAUCAGCUAGAAGUAUAUGCUUAGAAACUGAAGCCAGUAAUACUGUCUUAGAAGUAUAUAUAUAUGAAUAAAAAGAAUUCACUGAGACAGACCUGGAAAAGGUCACUUCUACUGAACUUGCUGCAAUCUGUAUGCAUUAGAAUUCAGGAUAAAGGAUGCUAUUUAUUUUUGUUAACCUAUUUUCCUCUCUGAGCUCAAUAGUUUACCUCAGUUGCCUGUUACUUGUUACCUUUCAAACUGUAAGCUCUUUGCAACAGCACCUGUUAUUUACCAUGUCUUCAUAACCCCAGGGUUUCAGAUCUUGUCCAGCUUCUGACUGUUAGCACAUGUUGCAAACCUCUUUGUACUAACCUUAUUAUUUAAAGUAUAGGUCAUCUAGGUUCUUGGAACAGUUACUAAAUAAACUCUUGUAAAAGAAAAUAA